CACCCCGCCCGUCCCCUCCUUCGCCGCUACCUCCCUUACUCCCACCGUCGCCGCCUCCGCCUCCCUCGCCGCCACCUCCUUCGCCCCCGUCACCGCCGUCACCGCGACCACCUAGACCAUCCCCUCCGCCGUCGCCACCCCCCCCCUCGCCGCCCCCACCGCUACCUCCCUCACCGCCCCCGCCGCCGUCGCCGCUACCUCCCUCACCGCCUCCGCCACCCCCGCCGUCACCGCUACCUCCCUCACCGCCCCCGCCGCCGUCACCUUUACCACCCUCACCGCCUCCGCCGCCCCCGCCGUCGCCGCUACCUCCUUCACCGCCCCCGCCGCCGUCACCUUUACCUCCCUCACCGCCUCCACCGCCCCCGCCGUCGCCGCUACCUCCCUCACCGCCCCCGCCGUCGCCGCUACCUCCUUCACCGCCCCCGCCGCCGUCACCUUUACCUCCCUCACCGCCUCCGCCGCCCCCGCCGUCGCCGCUACCUCCGUCGCCACCGUUACCACCAUCCCCCCAACCUCCCUCGCCCCCGCCCCCGCCGUCACCACCACCUCCCUCACCGUCUCCGCCGCCCUCACCACCACCUCCCUCGCCCCCACCGCCUCCCUCACCCCAACCUCCCUCACCUUCACCCCCGCCCCCUCCUCCACCUCCUUCGCCACCGUCACCACAGCCGCCUUCACCACGACCGCCCUCUCCCUUCCCACCCUCGCCCCCGCCGCCGCCACCACCACCACGGCCCUCAUCGCCGCCGCCACCCUCCCCCUCACCACCCUCACCCACGCCUCCAUCACCCCCCACGGGCACCGCUGCCGCCGGCAGCUGCACCUCCCUGUGUGACGCCAAGUACCCCGGCUGGGCGGUGCAGGUGUGCGACGGCGCCGGCCGGCCGCACCGCAACUGGUGCUACGCGGCCUGCCAGGGUUGCUACUGGUACAGCCCGUGCGGGGGCGGAGGCGGCGGCGGUGCUGCCGAGGACUCCGUGCUUACUCUCUCCGAGGGCGGCUACGACUACCGCUUGUACAGCGUGGGAGCCAGCAUGCGAAUGCCGUACACAGCAGCCCAGCAGUACUGCGCAAGCCUUGGACCCGGUUGGGAUCUGGUGCCGUACGACGAUGCAACGGCGUACGAGGUUGUGCGACAGAUGUGCGCAAACAACCUCUUCACGUGUUGGUUGAAGCGCCAGGAUGAGCCGCAGGGUGGGGUUGGUAGCAAUGGCAGUAGCAGUGGCAGCAAUAGCAGUGGCAGCAAUAGCAAGGUACCUCCGCCCCCCCAGCAGCAGCAGCAACAGCCGGUGUUGUGUCCUUUGAUGGACGCUCAUGGGUUGCUUCAGAUGCAGGGUUGCGAGCAGGAUGUGCGUUUUGUGUGUCGCAGGCAGAGAGGGUAAUACGGCGGCGGGCAUAUUCUGUAGGUAGGCAUGCAGAAGAAGAAGAAGGAGAAGAAGGAGAAGAUGGAGAAGAAAGAGUAGUAGAAGAAGAAGAAAGCGAAAAAUGGAGGAAGGCGUUGCUCGUCAUGGUUCGUUCAUGGACGCGCAUGCAUGAAUGCAUGAAUGCAUGCAUGUACUGCAGCAGGAUGAAACGGGGUAUGACUCGGUGAGUCGUUCGGAUCACACGUGCUGUGCGGUUGUCUGCUCCGAUCUAUCUCAGGAGGUCUGCCGGCGCUGUGAUGGUGCACGUAGGUCCUACCUACGGUGCUUUUGUUAGUCUGGUAUCAUGUGUCAUGUAUUUUGUAUGAACUGCACUGUAGUAUUCUUGAUGGAUUAGCACUGCAAUGUUGGUUGCUGAAUGGUUUUUUGCUCUGCAUCGCCUCAUUGCAUGCCUCAUCCGUUCGUACUGCGGGGGGCCAUACACUGUCUGCUUCUGUGGUGGAGAUUUACAAAGCUGGGGCGUAUGUUCAUGAAACUGGCCACGAGUAGGAGUGGG